AUGGAGAGGGACUUCCUGGCCGCGAUCGGCAAGGAGCAGCAGCACCCGCACAAGGAGAAGGCAGCUGGCGCGGAGGAAUCAGCUUACUUCGGAGGAGCAGGAGCAGCAGCUCCGGCAAUGGACUGGUCCUUCGCUAGCAAGCCCGGCGCCGCCCCGGCGUUGAUGUCGUUCCGGUCGGCGGCCAGGGAGGAGCCUACGUUCCCCCAGUUCUCCUCCUCCUUCGACGGUGUCAAGAACCCGGCCCCUCGUAUCCUCACGCACCAGAGAUCUUUCGGCCCCGACAGCACGCAGUACGCCGCCGUGCACCGCGCGCAGCCGCCGCAGCAUGCGCUGAACGGGGCUAGAGUCAUUCCGGUCUCGUCGCCGUUCAACCACAACAAGCCGAUGUUCAGGGUCCAGAGCUCGCCUAGCCUUCCGAAUGGUACUGCGUUCAAGCAGCCGCCUUUUGCCAUCAAUAACACCGUGGCCAGUUCUACUGUGGGUUUCUAUGGAACAAGGGAUGCGGUGAGGCCAAAGACGGCACAGUUGACAAUCUUCUAUGCCGGUUCUGUCAAUGUAUUCGACAACGUCUCAGCUGAGAAGGCUCAGGAGCUCAUGUUCUUAGCAAGCAGAGGAUCUCUUCCAAGCUCAGCCCCUGUUGCCCGCAAACCAGAAGCUCCUAUUUUCGCUCCAGCAAAAGUCACAGUGCCUGAGGUUUUGCCUGCAAAGCAGAUACUAUUUCAUAGACCACAGCAUGUUUCGUCGCCUCCAUCUGCCAUCUCCAAACCAAUCCCUGGCAUCUUGCAAGCUGCAACUCUCCCCAGGAGCGCCUCUAGAUCUAACCUUGACUCCCCAGUUCCGAAAUCUUCUGUCCCAUUAGCUGUUCCUCCGGUGAGUCAGGCUCCGGCAGCUCUGCCUGCAACACUUGCCACUACUACUGCAGCAGCAAUAAUGCCUAGAGCUGUCCCUCAAGCUAGAAAGGCGUCCCUUGCUCGAUUCUUGGAGAAAAGAAAGGAAAGGGUGACAACUGCUGCGCCUUACCCAUCAGCCAAGAGCCCGUUGGAGAGCAGUGACACGUAUGGCAGUGGGAGCGCCAACGACAAGUCAUCAUGCACGGACAUUGCCCUCUCAAGCAACCAUGAAGAGUCCCUAUGUUUAGGGCAGCCCAGGAACAUCAGCUUCAGCCAAGAGUCCCCCAGUACAAAACUACAGAUGCCAUUUGAUCUGAUCAUGCCCAAUGUUCAUAGAUUUGUCCAGGCUGACUGA